UUCUUUCAUCAGCUUGACGUCAGGAGCUGCCGAUGGGCAAGAUGGCUGGAUGCUAGGAAGCCUCGCUCUCGGAAGAAGAGAGGAAGAUGCUCGGCCACACCAUCCUCGCAGACAGACAAGAAACCGAAUAGAAGGAAAACCAGAGAGGAAGAGCCAUGUCUCUGCUCUGUGUGGGAGUCAAGAAAGCCAAGUUUGAUGGCCCUCAAGAGAAGUUCAACACCUACGUGACCCUCAAAGUCCAGAAUGUGAAGAGCACGACCAUCGCGGUGCGCGGAAACCUUCCGUGCUGGGAACAGGAUUUCAUGUUUGAGAUCAACCGUCUGGAUCUGGGCCUGACCGUGGAAGUGUGGAACAAGGGCCUUAUCUGGGACACCAUGGUGGGCACGGUGUGGAUCCCCCUCAGCACCAUCCGACAGUCCAACGAGGACGGCCCCGGUGUGUGGCUGACCCUCGACUCCCACGUCAUCAUGACAGACAACGAAAUCUCCGGGACCAAGGACCCCACAUUCCACCGCAUCCUUCUGGACACCCGCUUUGAGCUCCCACUCGACAUUCCCGAAGAAGAAGCGCGGUAUUGGGUCAAGGAGCUGGAACGGCUCAACGCAAUGCGGGACCAAGACGACGAAAAACCACUUCCGGUCCCGGGCUCCCAGUGCUGCAACUGGAAUUAUUUUGGCUGGGGAGAUCAACACAAUGACGAUCCGGACAGUACGGUGGACGACCGGGACAGCGACUACCGCAGUGAGACCAGCAACAGCAUCCCGCCUCCUUAUUACACCACGUCGCAGCCCAACGCUUCGGUCCACCAGUACCCCAUCCGCCACCAGCAGCGCGGCUCCCGCGAUUCCUACUCCGACUCCAUGCAGGGCUAUGGGACGGACUACUCCGACCAUCGGCCAAUCAGACGCUACGGUAGCGUAGAUUCUGCCGCCAACGGGCCCAGCGACGCGGAGUCUGCUUCCGGGUCAAGCAGGCGCACGAGUCGCCAGCCCUCCCUCGAGAGCAGGCGCUCUUUAGACCUAUCGGAUAGCCCGACGGGCAGCAGCCGGUACGCGUCUUCGGCGGAGCUGAGCCAAGGCAGUUCCCAGCUCAGCGAGGACUUUGACCCCGACGACAUCAGCCUGGACGAGCGGGACGGCGACUCCUACCACUCCUGCCACAGUUCGGUCAGCUACCAGAAGGACUCGCCGUGUUGGGACGAGGAGGAGGAGGAGGAUGACCUCUACCUGGAGGACGACGAGGAGUUCAAGGAGGAGUACAGCGACAACGAGGACUACUACCCUGAGGACGAGCUGGCCGAACCUGAGGCCUACCCCCGGGAGACGUUCCCGCCGCCGGAGCCGCCCUCGAAGGGAGCGCAACCGCCAGCGGCCCCGCCACAAACCCAGCAACAAGCGGCGCAGCAAAAGCCACCGCAAACCACGCCGCAGCAGAAGCCACAAGUGACGGCACAGCCACCGCCACAAAAGCCACAACAGGCGUCGCAAAAAGCGCAACAGGCGCCGCCGGCCGCCGCGACGCAGCAGAAAGCAACGCUGCCACCGCAGCAACAACAAGCACAACAGGCGCAGUUGAAACAACAACAGCAGCAGCAGCAACAACAACAGGCGCCGGCUCAGCAGAGGCUUCCACCACAACAGCAGCAACAGGAGAAGAAGGAGGAGAAGGUCCAAGAUGUUCCUGAGGUCCAGCAGGAGGAGAAAGUACCCUCGCCGGAGGCCACCCCGACCCAAGAGAAAGUCCCUGAGGAAGAAGUCCCCAAGGAGGAGGAGAGUUCCAGAGAGCGAGAAGAACCCGAGGUGGUCGACCCCAAAGCCCGGGCCAAGGCCAACUGGUUGCGGGCCUUCAACAAAGUCUGCAUGCAGCUCCAAGAGGCUCGAGGCGAAGGAAGUGGGGAGUCAAAGUCCUUGUGGUUUAAAGGCGGGCCCGGUGGCGGGUUGAUCAUUAUUGAUAGCAUGCCCGACAUCCGGAAACGAAAGCCCAUCCCUUUAGUUAGCGAUUUGUCCUUGGUCCAGUCCAGGAAGGCGGGGAUCACGUCCGCACUUGCAUCAAGCACUUUAAACAAUGAAGAGCUAAAAAACCAUGUUUACAAGAAGACCCUCCAAGCCUUAAUCUACCCCAUUUCUUGCACAACCCCCCACAACUUCGAGGUGUGGACGGCCACCACCCCCACCUAUUGCUACGAGUGCGAGGGCCUGCUCUGGGGCAUCGCCCGCCAAGGGAUGCGGUGUUCCGAGUGUGGGGUGAAGUGCCACGAAAAGUGCCAAGACCUCCUCAAUGCCGACUGCUUGCAAAGGGCGGCGGAGAAAAGUUCCAAGCACGGAGCCGAAGACCGUACGCAAAACAUCAUCAUGGUGCUGAAGGACCGCAUGAAGAUCCGCGAGCGCAACAAGCCCGAGAUCUUUGAGCUGAUCCAGGAGAUCUUUGCCGUCCAAAAGGCCACCCACACCCAGCAGAUGAAGUCGGUCAAGCAGAGCGUGCUGGACGGGACCUCCAAGUGGUCAGCCAAGAUCAGCAUCACAGUUGUGUGUGCCCAAGGCCUGCAGGCGAAGGACAAGACGGGCUCCAGCGACCCUUACGUGACCGUCCAGGUUGGGAAGACCAAAAAGAGGACCAAAACCAUCUAUGGGAAUUUGAACCCGGUCUGGGAGGAGAACUUCCACUUCGAAUGCCAUAACUCCUCCGACCGAAUCAAGGUCCGGGUGUGGGAUGAAGACGACGACAUCAAGUCGAGGGUGAAGCAACGUUUCAAGAGGGAGUCCGACGACUUCCUCGGCCAAACCAUCAUCGAGGUUCGGACGCUGAGUGGGGAGAUGGACGUCUGGUACAACUUGGAUAAGCGGACGGACAAAUCGGCGGUAUCGGGCGCGAUCCGGUUGCACAUCAGCGUGGAGAUCAAAGGAGAGGAGAAAGUGGCGCCCUACCACGUCCAGUACACUUGCCUUCAUGAGAACCUCUUCCACUUCGUGACGGACAUCCAGAACAACGGCGUGGUCAAGAUCCCGGACGCGAAAGGGGACGACGCGUGGAAGGUCUACUUCGAUGAAACGGCUCAGGAGAUCGUGGAUGAAUUUGCGAUGAGAUAUGGGGUGGAGUCCAUCUACCAGGCAAUGACGCACUUUGCCUGCCUCUCCUCCAAAUACAUGUGCCCUGGGGUGCCCGCAGUCAUGAGCACCCUCUUGGCCAACAUCAAUGCUUACUAUGCCCACACCACUGCCUCCACCAACGUCUCUGCCUCUGACCGUUUUGCCGCCUCCAAUUUCGGGAAAGAACGGUUUGUCAAACUGCUGGACCAGCUCCACAAUUCCCUUCGGAUCGACCUCUCGAUGUACCGGAAUAACUUCCCUGCCAGUAGUCCUGAAAGACUACAGGACCUCAAAUCGACCGUAGACCUCCUGACCAGCAUCACCUUCUUCCGGAUGAAGGUCCAGGAACUCCAGAGUCCACCACGAGCCAGCCAGGUGGUCAAAGACUGUGUGAAGGCCUGCCUCAACUCAACGUAUGAGUACAUCUUCAACAAUUGCCACGAACUCUACAGUCGCGAGUACCAGACUGACCCGACCAAGAAAGGCGAGUUGCCACCCGAGGAGCAAGGCCCCAGCAUCAAGAAUCUGGACUUUUGGUCCAAACUCAUCACCUUGAUCGUCUCCAUCAUCGAAGAAGAUAAGAACUCAUACACCCCUUGCCUCAACCAGUUCCCUCAAGAGCUCAACGUCGGGAAAAUCAGCGCCGAAGUGAUGUGGAACCUUUUUGCUCAGGAUAUGAAGUAUGCCAUGGAAGAGCACGACAAACACCGCCUUUGCAAAAGUGCCGACUAUAUGAACCUCCACUUCAAAGUGAAGUGGCUUUACAACGAAUACGUCACGGACCUCCCGUCCUUCAAAAGCCGUGUUCCGGAGUAUCCUGCGUGGUUCGAACCUUUUGUGAUACAGUGGCUGGAUGAGAACGAGGAAGUUUCGCGGGAUUUCUUGCACGGGGCGUUGGAGCGGGACAAGAAGGACGGGUUCCAACAAACCUCUGAGCACGCCCUCUUCUCCUGCUCCGUGGUCGACGUCUUCUCCCAACUCAACCAGAGCUUCGAAAUCAUCAAGAAGCUGGAGUGCCCCGACCCCCAAAUUGUGGGUCACUACAUGCGCCGGUUCGCCAAGACCAUCAGCAAUGUCCUCCUCCAAUACGCCGAGAUCAUCUCCAAGGAUUUUGCUUCCUACUGCUCCAAGGAGAAGGAGAAAGUGAGGAGAGAGACCACGCCGCCACAACCGGUCGCCAGUACAGUCAAGCCCUGCAUCCUGAUGAAUAAUAUACAACAACUCCGUGUCCAGCUGGAGAAGAUGUUCGAGGCCAUGGGCGGAAAAGAGCUGGACACCGAAGCAAGCGACAUCCUCAAGGAGCUCCAGGUGAAGCUCAACAACGUCUUGGAUGAACUCAGCCGGGUCUUCGCAACCAGUUUCCAGCCGCACAUCGAGGAGUGCGUGAAGCAGAUGGGCGACAUCUUGAGCCAAGUCAAAGGCACCGGGAAUGUGCCGGCCAGCUCGUGCAGCAGCGUGGCCCAGGACGCCGACAACGUCCUCCAGCCCAUCAUGGACCUUCUGGACAGCAACCUGACCCUUUUUGCGAAAAUCUGCGAGAAAACGGUCCUGAAGCGGGUGCUGAAGGAGCUCUGGAAGCUGGUGAUGAACACCAUGGAGAAGACCAUCGUCCUGCCGCCGUUGACCGACCAGACGGGGACUCUUUUACGAAAACACGGCAAGGGGACGGAGAAGAGUAGGGGGAAGCCCUCCGGCCACACCGAAGGCACACAGAUGAUAUUCAACGCGGCCAAAGAACUGGGCCAGCUUUCGAAACUCAAGGACCACAUGGUGCGCGAGGAAGCCAAGAGUUUGACCCCCAAACAGUGCGCCGUUGUGGAGCUAGCCUUGGACACCAUCAAGCAAUACUUCCACGCCGGAGGGGUCGGCCUCAAGAAAACCUUCCUGGAGAAAAGUCCGGACUUGCAGUCCCUGCGGUACGCCCUCUCGCUCUACACGCAGGCCACCGACCUGCUCAUCAAAACCUUCGUCCAGACGCAAAACGCUCAAGUCCAUGGUGGAAAAGGUGUUAGGUUCACUCUUAGUGAAGAAACAUAUCCCGAAAAGGGAUCCGGUGUGGACGACCCGGUUGGCGAAGUCUCCAUCCACGUGGAGUUGAUCACCCACCCUGGGACCGGCGAGCACAAAGUGACGGUCAAAGUGGUGGCCGCCAAUGACCUGAAAUGGCAGACGUCUGGCAUCUUCCGGCCCUUCGUGGAAGUCAACAUCAUCGGGCCGCACCUGAGCGACAAGAAGAGGAAGUUCGCCACCAAGUCCAAGAAUAAUAGCUGGUCCCCAAAAUACAACGAAAGCAUCACGUUCACCCUGGGGACUGAGACGGGCCCCGAAUGCUACGAGCUCCAGGUCUGCGUCAAGGACUACUGCUUUGCCCGGGAGGACCGGACGGUGGGCAUCGCCAUCCUGCAGCUGAAGGACAUCAUGCAGCGCGGGAGCUGCGCCUGCUGGCUGCCCAUGGGCCGGCGCAUCCACAUGGACGACACGGGCCUCACGGUGCUGCGCAUCCUCUCCCAGCGGAACAACGACGAGGUGGCCAAGGAGUUCGUCAAGCUGAAGUCGGACACGCGCUCGGCCGAGGAGGGCAGCACCAGCUAAGGCCCGCUCUCUCCGGUCGGUCGUCCGCCCCGUCCCCACUAUCCUCCCUCGCGCCCUCGUCCCGCCCUUCUUUGAUACAGCCAUGUUGAAGCCAUAGAGUUCUCCAGACCGCCCUUCCCCGCCCCUUUAUUUGGGAGCCUCGCUCCCACUGCCAAGGAUUGCCCUCUCCCGCCACUCACGCAUUGCCAAAUCUCACCCAUGCCUUUUCUCCUCCAAGCCACUAGAGGGAAGAAGCGAGCAAGGGACAGGGUGGCCCUUCUAAGGAAUAGGGAGAAAAAUACAACGACAACAGCCACGAGAAACCUUAGGUGGAUUUCGCAGCCUUCCGUAGUCCAGGGUUAUCACCAGCCGCAAAUCUGCACAGCGGAACCAUGCUGGGCCCAUAACCUCUUUGUCUCAAUUCUUCUCUGACAUUCUGGCAAAACUGCUCAGACACACGGAACAAGAUCCAGACUUCUAAGUUGUCAGCUAAGAAGCACUACUAGCAUAUAUACUAGGCAUGUCCGAUCAAUGAAAAAAAAUGUUUCAAUUCUCGUUUCUAAAGUAGGGGGCGCUGGCGCUUCGAUAUAGAAAGUAUUUCCGAUUUUUUUCACCCAAAAAUUUCGGAUAUUUCCGAAAAUUCGUAAUAAUUCUAAAUGUUUCUAAAAUGGGGGGCGCGCAUGCGCAAUCGCUACACGCCGGGCUUGUAUGGCAAUCUUCCAUGUGGACGCAGAGGACGUUAGCCCCCACCUUUGCGUCCAUCGUGGAAGCUUCUGAUUGGCCGGGGGGCAGCAGCCAUGUUAGGCUGCGCUAGGCUCCCAUUCAAGGUAGGUUGCAGAAACAAAAAAUUUUUUUUUAAUAUUUUUAAAUAUAUAUUUAAAUUUUUUUGGGGGGGGGAUUAACGAAACAUUGAGACAAUUAGAGAAUGGGCCAACAAUGGUUCGAAUUACAUUGCUGGUUGCGCUGUGAGACAAUGUCUCGGAAUGCGUAUCAAAAAGCGAGAACAAUCCGAAAUAAUUCCGAUAUACGAUUCAAAACGAUUUUUUGGACAUGUCUAAUAUAUACUUGGCAUUUCCCCAAGGAUCUAUCAUUGGGACCACUGCUCUCUAUCUUCUCCAGGCCUACUUUCUCCCUUCUCCAGUUCUGGAAAGGCCUACCUCACAACAUUUCCAUGGCGACAUGGCUCCCUUUGUGGCUCUUUCCUCCCUUCCGCUUCGCCAAUCCAGUCACAUCACAGAGGGACACUUCACCCAGCCUUUGUGGGACAAACGGACAUACAUACAUCGAUUAUAUCUAUAGGUAGAUGGUUCCUGUGUUGACCUUUGUAGAGGAACGAUGGUUCCUCUAACCACCAUGGCUGCUGUCUGAAGGAUGCUGGGAUGUGUAGUUUGGCUCAGAAUUCCCAUGAACUCCACAACUCCACCAGACCAAACCGUGGCAGUUAACAAGGAGUCAUAGUGGUGUGGCUCUGUUGUGGUUAAUGGAAUCAAAGGAAAUUAUUAUUAUUAUUAUUAUUAUUAUUAUUAUUAUUAUUAUUAUUAUUAUUAUUUCGAACCCAGCCCAUUCCGUCCGCCUUUCUCCAUAAGAUCUGCUUAUCCUGUCCCAAAAUCUCAGGCGGGGAGAUUUAAUUUCCAGCGAAGAGCCCAAGGAUCAGAUGUCGGACCUAUGCAAGGCAAGGAUCCCACCAACGAGCUUCCCUUCCACAAGAAAUCCUGGGAUUGUAUCGAUUAAUGAUUGCAUUGUGAGAGAAGCACCGGGCCCGGAGGGAGAAAUGACUGUUAAGCCAAUGGAUGUUUCCGUAGCUCCUUUCGAGGAUUCUUUACGUUCUUUGCUUCUUCCAAACGACAGGAUCCUUCCUCGGGCCGUUUCCGGUUUUUAAACAUACAUAUAUCUCUAUAUUUAUGUCUCUAUAUUUCCAUGCAAUUUGCCCGGGACCAAAGUGUCGGACGUUGAGUUGAAUGUUUACACACACAAACCCAAUCCUUGGUUCUCUAUCGGUCUCGAUCGGGAGAUUAUUCCGACGUAACGGGCCGUUCCCCAGUAAUCCUUUUAACGUUUGGCAUGUGGUCGGGGGGAAAAAACGGGAAUCGAAUCAAUUUGUUCCGAGGACGUUUGGGGAAGACGAGGCCGAGAUUCCGGACCGAGCGCGUCUCCGUGUCGUCAGUUCUGUACAUAACGUUUCCUUCCCCGUGAAGUGGACCGAGCGACCGUUUCACCAACAAAUGGAUGCAUGACCAGUGAGAUGUUUUGCACUAUUUUGAAAAAAAUAAUAAUAAAUUGGGGCUCUAUACAAAUAUUUUAUUAAUUGACAUGACCAAAAAAUAAAUAAAAUAAAAAAGGAAGAAAAGGA